UGAGGCCCGGGCAGGGGCCCCGCGCCCUGCACAGUGGGCUGCGAUUGGCGGAGGAGCCGGUGCUCUGGGGCCGGAGAAGGUGCCAAGAAGGUGCCCUCAGUCCGCCCCGCGCGCGGAGCGGCGCGCAGUGUCCCGAGGCCCCCGUGGCGCCCGACCGCUGUGCACGCGUCCUCUCGGAUGCAAACGCCUGGGCUCCUAGCGCCUGACGCCUCCCGGAGGGCAGCGGGGCCCCAGGUACCUAUUACACCAUUCUUUGGCAAAAGCUAUUCAGCAGUGGUGACCUCUUCCAAUAUAACACUCUACAAAUUAUUAUCUCUGGACUCCCAGCUGACACCCUGCCGGAGGCAAGAGCUACUAAGCCAACUGGAACUGUGCCUUUUCUCUUGUCAAGUUUUUUUUCUUACACAGGAAAAAGAAAGAAAAAAAAGAGAUGAAGUUGGGCAAAGUGGAGUUCUGCCAUUUUCUGCAGCUGAUAUCUCUUCUCCUGUGCUUUUCUGGGAUGAGUCAAGCAGAGCUCUCAAGGUCUAGAUCGAAGCCCUAUUUCCAAUCUGGAAGGUCCAGGACCAAGCGCAGCUGGGUGUGGAAUCAGUUCUUCGUGCUGGAAGAAUACAUGGGUUCAGACCCCCUCUAUGUAGGAAAGCUUCACUCCGAUGUUGAUAAAGGAGAUGGUUCCAUCAAAUACAUCUUGUCAGGUGAAGGGGCAAGUUCCAUUUUCAUUAUUGAUGAGAACACGGGGGAUAUUCACGCUACCAAAAGACUGGAUCGAGAGGAGCAGGCCUACUACACACUCCGAGCUCAAGCACUGGACAGACUCACCAACAAACCCGUGGAGCCAGAGUCAGAAUUUGUCAUCAAAAUUCAGGAUAUCAAUGACAAUGAACCCAAAUUUUUGGAUGGACCAUACACAGCAGGAGUUCCUGAAAUGUCUCCUGUGGGGACUUCAGUGGUUCAGGUGACAGCAACGGAUGCUGAUGAUCCUACAUAUGGUAACAGUGCUCGAGUGGUCUACAGCAUUCUGCAAGGACAGCCAUACUUCUCCGUGGAACCAAAAACAGGAAUCAUCAAGACUGCCCUUCCAAACAUGGACAGAGAGGCUAAAGACCAGUAUUUGCUUGUCAUUCAGGCAAAGGAUAUGGUUGGUCAAAAUGGCGGACUGUCAGGAACUACAUCAGUCACUGUGACCCUAACUGAUGUCAAUGACAACCCACCUCGCUUUCCUCGAAGGUCUUACCAAUAUAAUGUCCCAGAAUCACUACCAGUAGCCUCAGUUGUGGCCAGAAUUAAAGCUGCUGAUGCAGAUAUAGGAGUAAAUGCUGAAAUGGAAUACAAAAUUGUCGAUGGUGAUGGACUGGGAAUUUUCAAGAUAUCUGUUGACAAAGAUACCCAGGAAGGAAUAAUUACUAUCCAGAAGGAACUAGAUUUUGAAGCCAAAACUAGUUACACACUACGGAUAGAAGCUGCAAAUAAAGACGCAGAUCCUCGCUUUCUGAGCUUGGGGCCAUUCAGUGACACAACCACGGUGAAGAUCAUUGUAGAAGAUGUGGACGAGCCGCCAGUGUUUUCUUCCCCUUUGUAUCCCAUGGAGGUGUCAGAAGCGACCCAAGUUGGGAAUAUCAUCGGCACAGUUGCAGCUCAUGACCCAGACUCUGCCAACAGCCCUGUGAGGUAUUCAAUUGACAGAAACACAGACCUGGAGAGAUACUUCAAUAUUGAUGCCAACAGUGGAGUUAUUACAACUGCAAAAUCUUUGGAUCGAGAGACAAAUGCUGUUCAUAACAUCACAGUCCUUGCAAUGGAGAGCCAGAAUCCAUCUCAGGUCGGAAGAGGUUAUGUCGCCAUCACAAUCCUUGACAUCAAUGACAAUGCCCCAGAGUUUGCCAUGGACUAUGAGACUAUGGUCUGUGAAAAUGCACAACCUGGACAGGUCAUCCAGAAAAUCAGUGCUGUUGACAAAGAUGAGCCCUCCAAUGGACACCAGUUCUACUUCAGCUUAACAGUGGAUCCAACAAAUAAUCAUAACUUUUCCUUGAAAGACAACAAAGACAAUACAGCCUCAAUUCUCACCCGGAGAAGUGGCUUCCGGAGACAGGAGCAAUCUGUUUACUACCUGCCAAUUUUCAUUGUGGACAGUGGAUCCCCCUCACUCAGCAGCACCAACACCCUCACCAUCCGCGUGUGUGACUGUGAUGCGGAUGGCAUAGCCCAGACUUGCAAUGCAGAGGCCUAUGUCUUACCUGCUGGUCUCAGUACAGGAGCCUUGAUAGCAAUACUGGCCUGUGUCUUGACCUUGUUGGUGCUGAUCCUCCUGAUCAUCACCAUGAGAAGACGGAAAAAAGAGCCCCUCAUUUUUGAUGAAGAGAGAGAUAUCAGAGAAAACAUCGUUAGAUAUGAUGACGAAGGUGGGGGAGAGGAGGACACUGAGGCCUUUGACAUGGCCGCACUGAGAAACCUCAACGUCAUCAGAGAUACGAAGACCCGGAGGGAUGUGACUCCAGAGAUUCAGUUCUUGAGUCGACCAACUUUUAAAAGCAUCCCGGACAACGUCAUUUUUCGGGAAUUUAUUUGGGAAAGACUGAAGGAAGCUGACAUUGACCCGGGUGCUCCACCAUAUGACUCUCUGCAGACUUAUGCCUUUGAAGGAAAUGGCUCAGUUGCAGAAUCACUCAGUUCUUUAGAUUCCAUCAGCUCAAACUCUGACCAGAAUUAUGACUACCUAAGUGACUGGGGACCUCGCUUUAAACGACUCGCAGAUAUGUACGGAACUGGCCAAGAGAGUUUGUACUCAUAGCCCAAGAACCUUAAUUUGCAAUGUACUGAAGAAAAAGUAACAUCAAAAAACACUACACAGAGAAAGCAAGAACUCCAUGAGUUGGAGGAAAGUGGUUGUAAAUAUGUCUCCAUUUUUAACUGUUUAGGUUUCCGCCUUGGUGAAGCAUAUCUUCAUUAGACUUAUCCAAGGGACUGCACUGACUACAAACUCUGAGCAUUUGAAGUUUUUUUUUUUAAAUAAAAACAAAUGCUCAGUAGUUUGUGAAUAGAUAGCAACUCUAAUAUACCUGCAAAGGCAUGUAAUUUCCAUAAGUAAAUAGUGCACUGUGUUAUCAGUGAGCUAAAGAUUCCCUGGACAUGCCUCCAUGGUACUGUCAGUAACAGAAAUAGAACACUCUCCACAAGAGAAACGUGCCAUCCAAAAGUUCUGAAACGUCUUGCAUUUCAAAACUUGGCACCAAUUUAAUUUAUGGCAAUGCUUUUAGCUUACUAAUAUGAUAGAAUUCAGCAGAUUUUUAUUGCUGGUGGUUAGAAUAAAUAUUUUAUUUAGUAAUAUGUAAAUUCUCAGAGUAUCUUUCCCAAAUGAAAACCCCUCAAUAAAAGUCAGUAAAAUCUGGUGUGAAGCAAAAAAAGCCAUUGUUUUAACCAAUAAAUAAUGAAAUGUUCCAAAUAAGAAAAAGGUAAAUGAUUCUUCAAGUUUGUUAUAGCUUUGAGAUGCUUGUGUAGGUAUGAUUUUCAAAAGAAGUUGCUGUCUAUUCAUUAAUUUUUUUAUUAUCUCUUCUGAUUUGUACAGGAGAAUAUCUUUUCUUUUUUUAUUUGACACAUGGUGUUGUAUUUAUUUUGGAGCUCCAAUCUCCACGAAGUUCAGGUCCAUCUUACUGCCUCAUAGUAUAAAUUUCCUCUGAACGUGCUGGGUUUUCUCCAGCCUGAGCUACUGGAAGGAGAUGAAGCGUGGAAACGGAGAAAGAAUAGGACAGCAAUUGAGCGCUGUCACAGUCACAUCUCAAAGUGGAGCACAGCCUCAAGGAUAUAGAGAUUGUUCUGAGCCAUUAGAAUGUACCAACCAUUUGCAUACAAUAUCGAUGUUUUUAGAAAGACUUCAGAGAGAAUUGGGAUUUUCUUUGAUGCAAGAUUUAUUUUCCAAGGUCAUGAGUUGCGUUCCAAAGACGUUCAAGAAUUGGUUUCCCAACCUCUUUGGCUGUAAACAUAUUAAGUAAAAGGCUGACUUUUAAACAGUAUAGCAUAUAUUUCAUGCCCAUCUUUAAAUUCUAACGCAAAUGUUUCCCUCAAGAACUAAUGAAGUGUGGUGUAAUUUCUCUUGUGGUUUAUAUGUGCCAAAGGGAAGAGAGUGAUUGCAUAAUCACUUGGGCUUAAGUUUGAGACAGUUAUCUUAGUGUAAGACUUCUUUUUAACCAAAAUAAUUAUUUUUCUUGGAUUAAGACUUCUUCAUUGUGCUUAUAAUCAAGUAACAAUGGAUUUAUUUUUUCCCCUGCAUUCUGCUUUUUAAAAAAACAAUUCAUUGCUGGGCUCCUACCAAUCUACAGAUAGUGAAUGCUUGGAAGGAAUUGUGUUUUAUAAGUACUUCUUUCUAAAAGGGAGACUCUGGAAACAGAAUAUCAAUAUGCUGGUUACAUAAAGAGAAACUAUGUAGGAUUAUGUGAACUUGCAAUCCAUCUUUAGAAAUGCAGGAUGUGAAUGUGGCCUUCAGCUUCAUAAUAAUAGAUAAUUCAAUAAAUUUGACUAUCUGCAAGCAGUACUUUAAUUUGAAUAAAGUUUUUAGAGGUUUCAUGACCAGCUAGAUGUGCAUCUUGCUAUAUGAAUAUGCUUAUAUAUAAAGAAUUUUAUAACAGUGUAAAAAAUAUUGUUUAUAUCAUUUAGUUACAUGUGCAAGUUUUCCAAUUUAAAAAUACUACACGUAUACUGUUCAAGAAAACCAGGCUGUGAUUCAGAAAUUACAUGGAUUCUAAAUCAGUAAGGUGCUGAAGAAACAGUUUUGUAAGGGGCUGGGGAUUUAGCUCAGUGGCAAAAGCGCCUGCCUGGCAAGCGCAAGGUCGUGAGUUCAGUUCCCGGUACCGGAGAAAAACCAAAAAAAAAAAAGAAACAGUUUUGUAAUAAUUUCCUUAUUGUCUGAGAGAAGAUAAAAUACCUUGGUACAUUUGGAUUAUGGCCUCAAAAAUGCUGAUUGUUGCACACACACAUCACUGAAUAAAACUUUGGAAAUACUAUAGAAAAGGCACGUCACAUCAUACACCAUGUUCCGUGUUCCGUUGAAAUAUAUGUUUAUUCUCCUUUUAAAAUUGUCUUUCAUAUUUGCCAGUAAUAGACUGAGAAAAAGAUGCUAGUUUGAAAUUUUGGUAUAUAUUCAAUUGCUAUUUGUAUGUAAAAUAUUACAAUGUGGUAUUGAACUUGGUUCAGUAGUAAUUUUAAAAUGCGUGAGUUAGCUGAAAGUCCCUUCUACGAUAGAAUUUAUGAAAAGUAUUUGAGGGUUAAUUGUAAUGGUAGUGAAAUUCUUAGGAUUUUAUUUUAGCUUUGCUUUUUCUUCUAAAAUUUAAUGUUAAAUGUCUGAUGUAAUGCUUCAGAGAUAGGCUUUCACUUUUUAAACCAGGAGACUGGAUUAGGUGAUUGAUAAAAUCAAUUUCAAAAGUAAUUGUGAGUCUCUAAAUAGUCAUUAAAUGAAUAAUGUUUAGAUAUUCAAAUUCCACGUUUUCCAACAAGCAGUCAGAACCAGCUCUCAAGAUUCAUUCGUGUACAUCUCUUUCCAUGUUCACUUAAGGCAAUUCUGUUUGGGUAGGUUGAUGUCAGUCAUAUUGGGAAUGUUUAGACUUCCAUGAUAAUCAGCAACUACUACCAGUUUUUUCUGGAUAACCACAUUUUGAUGCUUACAAAAACUCCAAUUCUUAAGUUAUUUUAUACAAAGCAACCUCAUGGUCAUAAAUACAGUAUGAAUGAACAGAAAUGUAAAACAAUGACUCAAGAGGAAUUUGUACUGUAUCUUCUUAUAAAUAUGGAUACACAAGGAAAUGAUUUCCUCCUAGAAAACCUUUGGAACUACCUGUAAAAAAGGAUGACUAUAUCUUGGGGAGAUACAGCUUACCAAUUUCAAGUUCAAACAGUAGUUCACUUCAAUAAAUUUAAAUAUUUUCUAUUUAAUCUACAUAGAUAUAACAGAUCUACUCAGGAUGCACAAAAUAAGAUGCACUUUGAGAAAUUUAAUUUCUUAAAACUUAAUUGCAUUUCAUUUGUGACUUUUUCAAUUGUUAUUCUUGCGUAGUUGUAAACCAGCAUAAAAUAUCGAAACCACAUUUUACUAAGAAAGUGUGUACUGUCACAUAUCAAUUCACAGUUAUCGGGGCUGGGGAUUUAGCUCAGUGGCAAAAGUGCCUGCCUGGCAAGCGCAAGGUCGUGAGUUCGGUUCCUGGUACCGGAGAAAAACCAAAAAAAAAAAAAAGUCACAGUUAUCAUCUUGACUCACAUAGACCAGCCUUUCUUAAAAAGCAAUAUUUCAAGAACAGCUACAGACCCAAACCAGGAAAGAGACAUUAAGGAAACAGUAGCCAGUUGGAGGAGUGUGUAAUUUUUCUUCAAGCAGUUACUGUGUGGACCUGGUUAAGUAUUUUUCUUUCCAUGAAGCUCUACUAAGGCUGUGUACAGUCAGGGUUUGAUGAUAUGAUAGGUAGAGAAAGUGAGAGUGUUUAACUGAUGAUAGCUGCCUUUUCACUCUGGCCUCUGAGAAGGUUUUAAAUUAUUUUAACUUCAUGCGCAAUUACAUUUACUGCAUUUGGUGAUGAGCAGACAUAGGUAAUUAUUCUCAAGCAAAUGGAAUAGUUGUACAAGAUAUGAGUAAUAUUUGUGAUAUGACCCACAUACUUAAACAAUGCAAAUGCUAAUAGACUGUCAGCAUUUACAUUCAAAUGUAAAAUCUAAAAGAACUUAAACUAUUAAAUAUAUUGCAAGAGGCAAAAUGAUUUAGUUUCAAUAUUUUAAAGCACUUAAGCACCAGCUAUAAAUAUUACUCUUUACAUUUUCAAUUUUAACUUGACAUCUAUUGACUUAGAAACUCUUCUAAUUACCAUAAUUGUUUUUUAAAUAACCAUUUAAGGGUUUAUUUACAGUUAAUCUAAUUAUAGUUGAUUGAAGCUUCAACUUAUUUCUUUAACCAUUUUUGGAAAGAGAUGGCUGGAGGCAGGUGGAAUACAUAUGGUAACAGACACACCAACUUAUUUUCUGUUAGUGUGUGGAUUUUUGAUCUUACAUAUACAGUUACUUUAAUCAUCAAUAAUGUAUAAUAUGUGAUACAUGGUAGCAUAUGAAUGCUCAGCAAGGAAAGCUGGUAUAAUAUUAGCUGUUUAGUUAGAAUAAAGAGCAAGAAAGUAUUAAUAGCAUUUACAUUUUGAAUAUAAUUCAAUGUAUUUUUCCAAAUGGGAUCACCUCUGGACCAAAUGGAAGGUAUAUCGGGCUGUAACUGGGCAAACACUGCAGUGUAUAAUUCCAUAGAUACUUUUUCAAGCAAAAGAAAAUCAUAAGUAUGUGUGAUCUUCUGAUACUUUUUCCUUGUAAUAAUAACUGCUACUGGCUUAGAUUUCAUAAAGAAGGAAGUGUGCUUCUAUGGUGUGUGUGUGUGAAUUUGGGAGACAUUGCAAAGUAUAUGUCAAUCAACCUUAAUCAAAUGAGUCUAAUAUCACCUAACAUUAGUCGGUAAUUAUCAUUUUCCUAGAAAAUCUGGUACUGACUAGAGGAAGAAGUAUUUUAUUUUUUUAGCAAUCUAAUCUAUAUAGGAGGAGGAUUUUGGCAGCUAACUGAAGAUGAUUUACUGAUUUAUGUAACUGCCACAUUUUAUUUUUAUUGUGUGAAUGUGAACUCAUCAUUAACACAGACAAUCGCUUGUGAAUUACCAUGGAAUGUCACCUUCUCAGUAUCAGUGCCGUGUACUAAAAAUUACCCUGGUCUGUGGUUACAAAAUCUAGGUCAGAGGCUCAGUGUAAGCUUGUUUUUGCUGAGGCUUAUGUCAUUCUAAUUUGCUAAAGUUUUCUAUACUCGUGAUUAAAAUUGAGCUAAUGACUAUUUUGUCUAUUUUUGAGGCUUGUGAGUUGAAUAAGUGAAAGUACUGUAGUCUGUAAUCUGUAAAACACUGUGAAAAUGUAAGGAUUUAUUAUGAAACAUUCUGAAAAUGAUGUUAAAGUGGUGAUUAUAUUUAUUAUUAUAUUUAUUAUUAUAUGGUGAGCACUGGUAACUUCUUUUGGAGGAAAUAUCUACUGAGAAAGAAUACGUGCAAUUUAGAAUCUUAAGUUAUGAAGGAGACAAUUGGUUUAGUUAUUUGAAAACUGGCUUUUAAAACUUUAAGUCUUUAAAGUUGAGGCUCUAACAUAAGCUCAUCCAGUUAUUUAAAAGAAUUGAAAGGAUCAGCAACGAGAAGGGAUUAAAAAUAAAAAACAAUUCUUUCCUAAUCGUGAUGACUCAGUGGAAGAUAAAGAGUUUUAGAUGAUCUCAAAAUCCUUGCAGAAAUACAAAUACACCCAAAAAACAUAUUUGAAAGACAAUAAUGAGUAGAAUAGGUAGCUUUACUGACCUUGAGAAUAGAGGAAAAAUAAGUGAGGAUGUAGGCAAUUCAAUAAUUUUAUCAAUUAUGCUGGCAUAUAUGAUUAACUAAUACACUGCAAAGAAUUAAAAUACAGUAAUAUAAUUCAACAUUAAAAACAUCCUGAGUGCAAUAUACUCUUGUUUUGAUUGGAAUAUCUUACAGUGACAUAUCUUAGCCUUUUAUGAAUGAAACAACUCUAGAAAACUGAAAAUGAGUAUAUAUUGAAGUCUACUAUGUGUUCAUGAUUCUCUACUCAUUAAAUGACUGUCAAUAAAACCUCAACCAUUAGAA